GACUUAUCCCCGAAAUUGUCUUCGAUCGCCUCCGUUACAGGCUUGUUGACACUAUCUCAGAACAAAAAACCUCGCCAGUUCGAUGCAGCGGAGCUGAACUUGGAACUUCCAUGUCUCUUUUAACAAUCUGCAUCAUCGAAUUGUCGUGAAGAGAUCGUUUGUCAUCAGGUUCCAAUAAGCUCGUCUCAACUUUUAAAUUGUCACCAUGAUGAUGAUAAAAAGCUUGGCUUUCCCGGUUGUCGUCGGCGCCAUGCUGUUGCAGGUGGCGUCGGGUCAUUUUCUGGAAAUCGGAAGCCUCAGAAGGGCUCUCCAGUUAGUGUGGGAUUCGACGGGAAUGGUUAGCGUCACUAUUCCACCCCAGCCCACUGUAACUCCUGUUGAGACGCCUGUACCUACUAUUUUGCCCACUGCGGGGGAAUCACCUGAGCCUAGUGAUGUCCCCAGCUUGGCCCCGAGUGUUCCUCCAAGUGCUGGCGGCACGUCACCAGAGCCAAGUAACGCUCCCAGUAUUGCUCCAAGUGGGGGCACGUCAGAAGAGCCAAGUAACGCUCCAAGCGCCCCCCCAAGUGGGGGCACGUCAGCAGAGCCAAGUACGAGCAUUGCUCCAAGUCUCGCCCCAAGUCUUGCUCCAAGUUUCCCAACUGAAACGAAAUUUCCCACCAUUGCCCCAAGUAUGGCACCGAGCGGCGGAGCAGAAACGCCUGUUCCCACCGGUAUCUUGAACACGCCAGUUCCCACAGGUAUUUUGGAAACGGCUGUGCCCUCCGCUGCCGGUACGGGUAUCGAUCUCGGUGAUGAUCUCGAUGAAAUCGCAGAAAUUCUUUGUAACAUCACUGACUACAAUCUUACUGAUGCCAACAUUACUGACUUGCUUGGUGACCUGGACCUCGCCGAUUUCAACCUUACCGAAGCCAACAUUACUACAGACUUUAUCGAUGGACUCAACUGUACCGAGUAUGAAGAUGGUGUUCCAACUGCGGCCUCUGUCACUGAGGCCCCUUCCACUCGCCCCUCGUCUGCUCCAGGAAACCCUACCGGCACUCCAACAAGGAGUCCCACAAGGACACCGACGAGGAACCCCACAAGGAACCCCACUCGAACUCCGACCAGGAACCCUACCGCAUUUCCCACGUCGCUUAACUUUCCCACCGAAUUUCCCACACCAAUUGGAACUUUUACCCCCACUAGAAUCUUCGGUCCUACUCAGAAUCCCAGUCUUUUCACACUCGGUCCCGCUCCGCUCACUCCGGUUCCAUCAGCUGAAACCUUUGCGCCCUCUUCAACAGCUCCUGUGGAUACGGCUCAACCUACCCCACCCGUGACGGAUCAACCCACCCCAGGAACACCACCUCCGGAGACAGAUCCACCAACUCCAACACCGGAAACGGAUCCUCCGGAAACUGAAGCCCCCGUUGCUGCACCGGAAACUGAAGCUCCCGUUGCUUCACCUCCUACUGGUGGUUUCCGUGGUCGUGACCGCGAAUUGUUGCGCCAAGCCGCGCAAGAAUCGAAAUGUCAGCUUUGCCCCCACGGUGACGCUCCGGGACACCCUGAAAAACUGAUCAAGGGGCCACUGGGACAGGAUAUGGCAUGUUCCGAAUUGGCCGUGAUCUAUCAGUACUACGAAAGCGACGAAGAUUGUGCCGAAUUGGAACAGGAUUUGUGGAACGCCAACAAGGGUGCACCAGCAGAUCAGUGCGAAUGUCAGGCUGUUGAAUGAAUGCGAGAAAACGAUAAAGGGUAUGUGUGGAAAUGCAUGACAGGUCUCACAAGCAUCAAGAACCAGGGAUGCUAUCUGGGAGCGUUGUUGAGGCUGUAACUGUGUCAUGUUCGUUUGAUAAUUAAUUAGUUUUGAUAAAGAAUAGUAAAAAGAAAAAGAAGACUUGC